CUGCGUUUCUGCCCCUCAUCCUCACGACAGUGAAAAGAGAAACGCCCCUUCAGAAACCUGAAAUUGUGGCGUGUACUGAAAUCAACAUUUAUGCCCACAUAGACACAUCUUCCCUACCUCAACCUUGGAAGCUCUUCCCAGAUCUUCCCUUUUAGAACUGCCUACAAUCUGCUCUCCACUGCGUUCGAAGCAUCGCAUUCAGACAGACACCGCCCGACCUCGAGACGACGCGGCCCAUCGAAUUUCGCCCCGGCUUCCCAGCUUAGAAGUGGCGACGUGUUCUCCAGCGCGGCAGCAGAAGGAAUUUUGAGGCAGGACAUCGUUUGAUUCCAGCUCACGCACGCGGGCAAGAUGGCGAACCACAAUCAAAUGGGCAUCGACACUAGCCGUCGAAAUCUCGUACCACGGCCUCUGUCAGACUCGGAGCGCGCGAAACUGGAUGAGUUUAUCGAUUCCAUCCACUACUCUGCUCGGUAUUCCGAUAGCGAGUACGAGUAUCGGCAUGUCCAGCUACCUAAGCCAAUGCUCAAAGCCAUCCCAGAACAGUUUCACGACAAGACCACUGGCACCUUGAAGCUUCUCUGGGAGGAGGAAUGGCGCGCUAUGGGCAUCACUCAGAGCCUCGGUUGGGAACACUACGAGGUCCACGAACCGGAGCCGCAUAUCUUGCUGUUCAAGCGGCCCCUGAACUACCAAGCCCCAGCCCACUGAGCUACCAGUCAUGGUGGAUGAGAAGGGACCUCGUCGCGUCUGUAUUAUAUCUUGCAUCUUCCCAUCACAACACACGGCUGCAUAGCGAUAAUGGACCACACCUGUACCCGGUAUAAUGUACUUAUGACGAUUUCCAUGGGCGAGCACUCGAUCGCACGACAACCCACAUGCCCACUUUUCCCUCCCUCUAUACCUGCUUUCAGCAGUAGCCCUCUGGUUGGCAUUGCGGCUGCUCGGCGUCAAAACUAGUCGAGAUGAUCGGGGGGUUGACGAAACGGGCAAGGCAGUCUUGUCUGUUCUCUGAUGCAGAUUCUGGGGAUAGGCUAGCCCACGAGCAUCUUUUCUGCGGUGGGCGUUGGCGGAACGGGCUCGCUGAAGGCGAUCAUGGCGAGUAGUGAGGGUUUGUUUGGGCAAGGCAUCUGGCUGUAUGCACGAUGCCGUUGGUUAUGUCGAAACAGGACAAUGAAUUGAUACGAAAUUGGCA